AUGGAUACUUUCCUACGAAUUUUUGAUAGUGGCAAAUUUCUUGAUGAAAUUACACGAGACAUUAAAUCAAAUACAAAUCAUGCUUGGACGGCAUAUCCAGAUUUAUUAACAGUUGGUCAACUUCGUGCUGCAUAUUCAAUUGUAAUUAGAUCUUUAUCAGAAACUGAUGAUGCUUUAGCAUGGGUUUGCUUAGAAAAACUUAUUAAAGCAAUCGAAAAUCUUCCAACAACUGACAACAUAUAUAGUGACACUAACUCUAAUAUUAUUCAUUCCAUCAACAAUAUAUUAAAAAAAAAUAACUCUUCUUCUAAUAACAAUUUACAACCAACAAAUUCUCCAUUUAUUAAUCAACUAAUUAAAUCUAACAAUGAAAAAUUUAUCAUCGAAUCAGCAGCUUUAUUAUUUCAUAGAGGUCAUCUGCUUCUCACUCUUAUUGAUCAGAUCAAAUCUGUCAAUUUGAUAUUUUUGAAAACUUUAUUAUUAAAAAUCAAAAAUUUCUUAACUAAUGAACCCAAUAGUAUUUCUAAAAAUGCAAUACAGAAGGUUUUAUUCGAUGCACUAAGUACAGAUCUUGAUUAUACAAAAAAAGAAGCUGGUGUUAAAUGGUGGUUAACUGAAGAAGUGUCAGUCACCCAUGAACUUGAUUUUAUUGAUACGCCUUCAUUAUUGUUUCUAGUACCAAGGAUUCAAAUGCUUUUGCUCAACCGAAUCCCCCAUCCUUUAAAAAGCAAUAUUGAGUACAAUUGA